CUGUCAGGCGGCGUUUGGCUGCUGCACACCCAGAAGUGCUGGGAAGCCGCUGUCGGAGGAGACUAAGCGAAAGACUUAGGUUCUCUUGCAGAUGUAGCGGGGCGGUUACAGAGGCGGUGCGGAGAACCUGAGGUCAUUGCAGAUUUCCCAGAGGACUGAGCCUCUUGCACCCUACGACCUGGCCGGAAGUAGCCACCUUCGGGUUCGGGCCGCUGUCAGGAUUAACAGUUUAGAGGAUCAAGAUGUUGACCAAUUUGAGGAUAUUUGCAGUGAAUCAUCAGAAAAUGUACAGUUUGUACAUUAAUAAUAUGUGCUGCUGUAAAAUACAAUCAAGUUUAAAACCAUCAAAGCCAGAUGGGAGAAAUUACAGUUCCCUACCAGGUUUACCAGGAAAUGAUAUCAAGUCCCUUCAUUCCAUCAUUAAUCCUCCUAUAUCUAAAAUCCGUAAUAUUGGAAUUAUGGCUCACAUUGAUGCAGGCAAAACUACCACUACAGAAAGAAUGUUGUACUAUUCUGGAUACACAAGAUCACUAGGAGAUGUUGAUGAUGGAGACACAGUGACAGAUUUCAUGGCUCAAGAGCGAGAAAGAGGCAUUACUAUCCAGUCUGCUGCUGUUUCGUUUGAUUGGAAGGGUUAUCGAGUCAAUCUCAUUGACACACCAGGUCAUGUGGACUUUACCUUGGAGGUUGAGCGCUGCCUAAGAGUGUUGGAUGGUGCGGUAGCUGUAUUUGAUGCCUCUGCUGGUGUAGAGGCCCAAACUCUCACAGUGUGGAGGCAAGCAGAUAAAUACAAGAUACCUCGGAUUUGCUUUUUAAACAAGAUGGACAAAACUGGAGCAAGUUUUAAGUAUGCAGUUGAAAGUAUCAGAGAGAAGUUGAAGGCAAAGCCUCUACUUUUACAGUUACCAAUUGGUGAAGCCAAAACUUUCAAAGGAGUGGUAGAUGUAGUAAAUAAAGAAAAGCUUCUUUGGAAUUCUAAUUCAGAUGAUGGAAAAGACUUCGAGAGAAAACCCCUCUUGGAAAUAAGUGACUCUGAAUUGCUGAAGGAGACGAUUGAAACAAGGAAUGCCUUAAUUGAGCAAGUUGCAGAUUUGGAUGAUGAAUUUGCUGACUUGGUUUUAGGUGAAUUUAGUGAAAAUUUUGAUUUGCUACCAGCUGAAAAGCUGCAGACUGCAAUACACAGAGUGACGCUGGCUCAGACAGCGGUGCCUGUGCUGUGUGGGAGUGCCCUGAAGAACAAAGCAGUGCAGCCCUUGUUAGAUGCUAUUACUAUGUAUUUGCCUUCGCCUGAAGAAUGCAACUGUGACUUUCUGGAGUGGUAUAAGGGUGACUUAUGUGCACUGGCAUUUAAAGUUCUCCACCACAAGCAGCGAGGACCGCUGGUCUUUAUGCGUAUUUACUCAGGCACACUAAAGCCCCAGUCAGCUAUCUACAAUAUUAAUGGAAAUUGCACGGAGAGAAUAAGUCGUCUGCUUUUGCCAUUUGCUGACCAACAUAUAGAAAUCCCUUCACUAACUGCUGGUAACAUUGCUUUGACUGUUGGGCUUAAACAGACUGCCACCGGAGACACCCUUGUCUCCUCCAAGUCCAGUGCAUUGGCUGCAGCUCGGCGAGCUGAGAGGGAGGGAGAAAAGCAGCAGAGACAAAGCAGUGCAGCAGAGAGACUACUCCUAGCUGGGGUGGAGAUCCCAGAACCAGUCUUCUUCUGUACCAUCGAGCCCCCGUCAGGGGCUAGACAGCCAGGUACAGUGUUGGUGUAUCAGUGGUUAGUGCUCUGCUUGAUCCACUCUGGACAGACUGUGCUGUGUGGUAUGGGAGAGUUACAUAUUGAGAUUAUUCAUGACCGAAUCAAGCGGGAAUAUGGCUUGGAGACCUACCUGGGGCCUCUCCAGGUGGCUUACCGAGAGACCAUCCUCAACUCGGCUCAGGCCACAGAUACCUUAGACAGAAUUUUAGGAGACAGACAGCAUCUCGUGAGUGUAGAGCUGGAAGCAAGGCCAGGCGAGACACCCUCUGUCACACCAAUGAUUGAGUAUGCUGACAGUGUCAGCAGAGACCUGUUGAAGGACUCCCAGGAGGCUGUUGAAAAUGGAAUUCACAGUGCAUGCCUCCAAGGACCCUUGCUUGGAUCCCCCGUUCAGGAUGUGACGAUUAUAUUACAUUCACUGGCAAUUCAUCCUGGUACCUCUGCAACUAUGAUUUCUGCCUGUGUCUCAAGAUGUGUACAAAAGGCCCUGAAGAAAGCUGACAAACAGGUUUUGGAGCCUCUGAUGAAUCUUGAGGUUAUAGUGCCUAGAGAUUAUCUCAGCCCUGUGCUAGCAGAUCUAGCACAGAGAAGAGGGAACGUUCAGGAGAUCCAAACUCGCCAAGACAAUAGAGUUGUUAUUGGAUUUGUUCCCUUAGCAGAAAUUAUGGGUUAUUCAACUGUGCUUCGAACAUUAACAUCAGGCUCAGCAACUUUCGCUUUAGAAUUAUCUACUUAUCAUGCUAUGAAUCCUCAAGACCAAAAUAUACUGCUCAACAAGAGAAGUGGUACAACAUAAGUGUUUAGGCCCUUGGAAAUGGAAAGAAAUUCAGGAACUGUACCAUCUGCUUCAUUUUCAGGAACAACAGUUUUAUGUACUGGGCAAAUACAUCUUUCUCAUCUAGUUCUUUGUACCAAAAUAGUAAUGUAACUUGAAAACAGACAAUGAGAACCUGCCCAUUCUAAUUAUGAAAAUCACUUUUUUUAAGCUUCUCUUAAAAGGAAGAAAGGUGCCAGACUUGUA